AUGGGUAAAAAAGACGAAAAUUUUUCAAUCGAGAACUAUGAAUUUUUGCCAGGUACCGUUCAUUUAAUUGAUGUUGGUCAAAGUUUGAAUGUUAAAAAAGAAGGAGAUGGUGAUAUUAUUUUACAUCCUCAACCAACAAAUAAUCCAAAUGAUCCUUUGACUUGGUCAAAAAAGAAAAGAGCAGUUCAAUUUGGUAUUAUUUGGUUUUGGGGUUUUAUGGUUGCUGGAUCUUUUAAUUUUAUGGGUCCACUUUUCGCAGAUUGGAUGGCAGAGUUUAAUGUUCAAUUAACUGAAUUAUUAAUUGGUUCAGCAUUAGGUUUUUUGUUUUUAGGUGUUGGUGUUACUUUAAUUCAACCAACUGGUUUAAAAUUAGGUAAACAACUUGUUUAUAAUCUUGGUACCAUAUUAUCAAUUAUUGCUUGUGCAUUUGGUUCACAAACUAAAAGUAUUGGUUAUUUCUAUGCUUACAAAAUUGCAAUUGGUCUUGCUGCAUCACCAGUUGAUUCAUUAGUUGAAAUCUCAUCAACUGAUAUGUUUUUCCAACAUGAAAGAUCUACUGCUAUUUCUUGGUUAGUCAUGGCUUUAUACGGUGGUUCUGAUUUAUUCCCAGUUGCUUGUGGUUAUAUUGCAGCAUCAAUGCAUUGGAGUUGGACUUAUUAUGUACAAAUUAUUAUUUAUGUUCCAUUAUUAAUCGUUCAAAUUUUAUUUGUGGAAGAUACUACUUUUAGACGUGGUGGUAAAAAACAUGAUGAAGAUACAUUAGAAGAAGGUAUAUUGAAACAAAUUAAAUCAAGUGAAAGUAAUAAAAAUCUUGGAACUGUUGAAGAAGCUAAAGAAGAAGGAGAAGUUGAAGUUGAAUCAACUAAUAGUGCUGACAUUCCAGAAAAAACUUACUGGCAAAAAAGAAAUUGGAUUCAUCGUGAAGAAAAUGAUACCAGAAGUUGGUUCCAAAUUUUCCUCAGGCCAUUUACUUUAAUUACUUUCCCAGCUGUCGUUUGGGGUGGUAUUAUUUAUGGUGGUCAAAUGUGUUGGAUUUCUUUGAUUGUAAACUUACAAUCUGCUAUUUAUUCAGCUCCUCCUUAUAAUUUCAGUGUUGAUAUAGUUGGUUUGACUACUUUAGGUAUGUUCUUCGGAAAUGUCGUUGGUAUGUUCUAUGGUGGUCCAUUUGUUGAUUGGUUAGCGGUCAAAUUAGCUAGAAGAAACCAUGGUGUUUUAGAACCUGAACAUAGAUUGCACGCUAUGUUAGUACCAACUAUUUUAAACGCUAUUGGGGUCUUAGCCUUUGGAUUAGGAGCCUAUUACAAAUUACAUUUCACUGUCUCCGUUGUUAUCGGAAUGGGUUUUAUGGGAUUUGCUAUGACUUCUUCUGGUGCUAUUGGUCUUGUCUACGCAGUUGAUUGUUACGGUAAAUUAGGAAGUGAAUGUAUUGUAUUGAUGUUGUUUAUUAGAAAUAUGAUUGGUAUGGCUUUUACUUUCGGAAUUGCUCCAUGGAUGGAAGCACAAGGUACUCUUAAGACUACUUGGGUUAUGUUCAUGCUUUCAGUUCUUAUCAAUGGUUCUUACCUUGCUUUCAUUUUCUGGGGUAAAACUUUCAGAAGAUCUACUAAAGAUAGAUAUGAAAGAAUGACUGUUGGUUUAAUUGCUCAUUAG